UGCUGGCGAACGAGACAGUGCACCGAAUGCAACUGUUGGUGCGAAAAGAUGGGUGGUGGAUGGGAGGCUCGUGAGAGGAAAGAAAACUGUCACAAGGCCAUUAACAAAGCCUGAUACAGACUGCCAUGAGGUUGGACGAUGAUGGAGGACAGAAGGGGUGGUGGAAAAAAAAAAAAACCAAAUUUUUAUUGCGAAGCAAAAUAAAAUGGGGACAGCCACCCAUGUAGCAUCACUUUUUCCACAGAGAAAAAGUUCUCAAGUGCCUAAUGUAAACAAACUCAGUUUGAUGUUAUAAAUACUAUUGACACUAGUCUCGUAAAUCGUAUUACAUCGUAAAUGUAACAUCAGAAUCAUAUGAAUACAGUUACCAACAAGUCUUGACUCAAGCAAAAAUGGCGAUGGUUUUUGCACCGUGUGAUAAUGUUUUUUAAAGUCGAGGUGAAAUGGAUGGAUGGGCUGCAAAUGGAAAAUGAGGGCGAUGGGCGGUGGGUGGAUGUUGCAUGUGCAUGUUGAAUAAUUUCACCUGACAGGGCGUGUCUCGUACGUACGUGUACGUGUAUGUGUAUGUUUAUAUGUAUGUGUGUUUGUGUGUGUUGUGUGUCAGGAUACGCUGAUUUUCAUUUCAUUGCGUUGUGCAUUUGAUUAACCAUCUGGCGCCGUCAUCUCUCGCCAAAUUGAGCAUGUUGCCAGCUCUUGGCAACCAUUUUCGUAGGAAAAGCGAGAGAAAUGCGAAAUGAAAUGGAAUAGCGGGAAAAAACGUGUAUCAAGGGAAAACGAGGGCUGUUGAAAAUGCACCACGAACAAUUAAGUGCACUAACCAAUUGAGAGGACUCAAUUGCGGCUAACUGAUCUGGCAAUUUUCGUGCCAUGGAAUUGGAUUAGUUCACGAUUUGUUUGGUAAACACUACAAGCGCGACUUAGGGCAUUAAACGAAUAAGUACUAUGAAUCAAAUAAUAUACCAUUGGUUAAGUUUAGUUUUCCUUUUAUUUUGAAAAUCUCCAUCUGUUCAUUUCACAGUUUAAGCUGUUUGAACUAAGGUAGCAUGACAAUGAGCAAACCACAAGUCACUGCAAGUAUGAGAUUUUAAUGGUUUUCCUGCUUUCCCUGCAUUUUUAAUUAGUUACAUGCAUAAUCAUACAUGAAGUCCUAAAGCCCCACAGUUUUUCAGCUUUGUUAUAUCCAGUGGUUGCCUAGGAAAAUGUAAUAAAAUAAAUGUAAGCCUCUAAAGCGUAACAUGGCAACCUCUGUCAUUCGUUAUGACAACCCAGUGUUUCGUUUUCAUGCAAAUACUAACUAUUUCUGAGAAGCACAGACUGCCAGGAUAUCAGCGCCAGAUAGUUGAUCAAAUUGCCGAGGCUCAAAACAACCCAGAGCACAUUCCCGUUGUACGCGCAGUUUUCGCGGAAAAGCCUCAAAUGAAGACUCAGGGAAAAUAUGGAGUGACGGCCACGGCGGCUGCCCAAGUUCUUUGCGAGGAUGUGAGAAAUUUUAGCACACGACGCCGCAAUAUUCUCUACCUAAUGCACCGAUAUCUGGUAGAGAACGGAUACUAUGCGAGUGCCGAGUCCUUGAAAACCGAAGGACGUCUUUCCGACGAGUACGAACUGUGCGACAAUAUAGAUCUGGAUGCCAUGUACCUGGAGUAUGCCAGCUUUUACAACAUGAAAUUUGGUAAAUACCCGAAAAUCCUUAAAAGAAUGGGAGCCAAAAUCAAGGUGGACGUGGGUGGAAAGGCGCAGGAAAAGCCAGCGGCCAAGGAAUUGCCUAAGAAAGCUCCUCCAACGGACGCUUCUCUGGCCAAUUGGCACAUUGGUGUCGGAGCAGCCACACAGGCUGCUUUGAGCAACGAACAGCCGUUGCAGAUAAAGAAAAUGGAAACGGCAACGGAAUCGAAUGGCCAGGAGUCGAAUGCUUGUGAAAUCGAACAUGGUCAUUUGGGCGGUGAUGAUGUACUGUUCUCCUCCAUGGACUGGCAAUCGCUGGCAGAAUUGGUCAAGACUUCUAUAUUGCAGGAGAAUAUAAAGAUCAAAUGGUCGGAUGUCUGUGGAAAUCAUCGAGCAAUUGAGUUGAUCAAGGAAGCUGUGCUAACGCCAAUAGAGUUCCCCCAACUAUUCGCACAUGGCCUGAAACCAUGGAGAUCCUUGCUCCUCCACGGACCACCGGGCAGUGGGAAAACCCUACUGGCCAAGGCUUUGUAUUCCGAGACACACGGUCAGGUGACCUUCUUCAAUAUAACUGCCAGCAUAAUGGUCAGCAAGUGGCGGGGAGAAUCCGAGAAGAUCCUGCGAGUGCUCUUCCACAUGGCAGCAAAAAGGGCACCGUCGGUGAUUUUCUUCGAUGAAAUCGAGAGCUUGACCUCGAAAAGGGACAGGGCCACAGAUCACGAGAGUUCGAAGCGCUUUAAGAACGAACUCUUGCAGCUUUUGGACGGCAUGGAGCACGCUCUGAACGGCGUUUUCGUCUUGGCCAGCACCAACUUGCCCUGGGACAUUGAUGAGGCCUUUUUGCGGCGCUUCGAGAAGAAACUGCUGGUUCAACUGCCCAAUGCGGCGGAGAGAAGUUGCCUGAUUACCCGACUUCUAGGCAGCAGCAUAUCCCUUAAUCAUCGACUUCUCGAGCAGCUAGUGGAGAUCUCCGAUCAGUUUACCGGUGACGAAAUACGACUGGCUUGCAAGGAGAUCAGCAUGCAUCGGGUGCGUUGUGCCACCAAGAUUGGGGACCGAGCCGCCGGCAUACAUAAGGAAUCCCCGGCAGACAUCGAGGCCAAUGUGGAGAAGGCCUUCCGGCAAGUGCGGCCUUUGGGCCAGAAGCUGUUGGCCAAGCACGAGCAGUGGCAGCUGGAAAACGGCUCCUAGGCUGGACUAUCUUUCUGUUUACUCCUCGGGCUCAAUAUAUAUUUCCUAACACCAUCUAUUUAGUAUACAUUUUUUUUAACUACAAUAAAACAUAUAAACGCGUUUAAUGACUUA